AUGUCACAACCACAGCAGCAGCAACUGUCGACAAGACGGCAGCAAGAGCUGCAAACCCAGUACACGAAUUACAAAAACACUCUUCAGCAGAUAGCCCAGAAAAUUGGCGACGUCGAACAAGAAACAGACGAGCACAAACUCGUCCUGGAAACUCUGCAACCCUUGGAUGGUAGCAGGAAAUGCUUCCGAAUGAUGAAUGGCGUCCUGGUAGAGCGCACUGUAGAAGAAGUGGUACCGGCUCUAAAGACCAAUUCCGAAGGUCUAAAGAAGGUACUGGACGAUCUCGUGAAGCAGUAUUCAACGAAGCAAGAAGAGCUUGAGAAGUGGAAGAAAAAGAACAAUAUACAGGUUGUCCAGCAGUGA